AUGGAUGCGCCAGAGCCAGACACUCCCUUUGCGGCCGUGUCGGCGCAGACGACCAAGAUCUCGAGGAUAUACCAAUCCUACCUUGACAAGGCGACACCCUACGUAACAUACCGAUGGAUAGGCACGGGGGUGCUGUUCGUCAUGUUCGCUCUGCGCAUCAUCUUCGCGCAAGGCUGGUACAUCGUCGCCUACUCCCUCGGCAUCUACCUCCUCAAUCUCUUCCUUGCCUUCAUCAGCCCCAAAUUCGACCCCUCCCUCGAAUCCGACACCGACAUGGAAGACGGCCAGCCCUCCUCACUCCCCACCAAAAACGACCAAGAAUUCAAGCCCUUCGUACGACGUCUGCCCGAGUUCAAGUUUUGGCACGCAGCGACACGCGCGAUCGCGCUGGGGUUCGUGUGCUGUUGGAGCGAGGUGUUCAAUCUGCCGGUGUUCUGGCCGGUGCUGGUGGUGUAUUGGUUGAUUCUAGUGUUCUUGACCAUGAGGAGGCAGAUACAGAGUAUGAUCAAGUAUAGAUAUGUGCCAUGGGAUUUCGGGAAGACGAAGUACUCUGCCAAAUGA